UAUAGUUUGGAGCUGGAAGAGGAGCUGUUUGUGGAACAUGCUGCUGGUGGUUGGGUAACUUUCCUCAGCAUUCAGCCGCAGACCUCACCCUGAAACCCUGCUUCAGGGUCGCUGCCACGAUGGAGGACCUGGAGUUUCAGUUCUCUUCUCUUGCACUGAUCGCCAAGUUAAACGACAAGAGCGGCACCGAGUUGAACAAAUACUUGACCAAACAGAUUUGGAACGAGCAGGAUCGGCAGUGUAUCCUUAGCAUCUUAGCUCAACUUCUGCUGGAUAAAGAUUGCACGCUGCUAAUUGGGCGCCACCUCAGGCCUUUGCUAUUGGACCUUCUUGAGCGCAAUGUUCGGUCAAUUAAAGGAGCCGUAUUCAACCAUGAUUUACAUGAGAGGCUGUGUGUGGCAAUGAGCAAGCUUAUUGAUAUCAGCCCUGAUGUCAUUUCGUUUGCAUUGAGAUACUUUAAGGAUUCUCCACCAGUAUUCCAGAGGCUGUUUUUGGAGAGUUCAGAUUCCAGUGCAGUCCGAUAUGGACGGAAACGCAUGAAACUCCGAGACCUCAUGAGUGCAGCAUAUAGACUUUUGAAGGAAAACUGGAUAAUGUUCGGUAAAUUAUGGGAUUGGAGUGUAUGCAUUCCAUUGUUGAGAAGCCAUGAUACGUUGGUCCGCUGGUACACUGCUAGGUGUCUUGCUGUUGUAACAAACAUGAAUGAUGAACAAAAGAACCAUUUCUUCAAGAAAAUUCUCACUGCAGAAGAACUGACAACUUUUAGACUCCAGUUGUUGGAAGAAGCUCUGUGUCUCAAUGUGGAGAAGGCUUUGAUACUGGCAAAUUCGAAGACUGCACUGUGGCAGAAAACAAAACAAUUAAAAUAUACACAAGGGCACAUAAUGUCUGGAGAUUUAUCCGAGAAUGUUGUGGCUGUAUGCGGAGUAGUGUUACCACAGAAACAACUCAUUCAUCAAGACCAGUUCAUCGGUCAGCCUCUUGUGUUAGUAGCCUCCACCUACAAUUAUCUGCAGAGCUUGGCUAUGGCAGUUGCAUCCCAGAAUGCUGUACUGCUGGAAGGACCAAUUGGCUGUGGUAAAACGACUUUAGUAGAAUAUUUAGCAGCACUCACGGGUCGACAGAAGCCACCUGAUUUCCUCAAAGUACAACUUGGAGACCAGACUGAUAGCAAGAUGUUGCUGGGAAUGUAUCGCUGUGCAGAUGUUCCAGGGGAGUUUGUUUGGCAGCCGGGAUCCUUGACUCAAGCAGUAACCAAUGGCUAUUGGCUCCUCUUAGAGGACAUUGAUCAUGCACCUUUAGAUGUGAUAUCAGUGCUGAUACCUCUCCUGGAAACUGGUGAACUUCUGAUCCCUGGUCAUGGCGAUUGCAUUAAGGCAGCACCUGGAUUCCAGUUUUUUGCCACUCGGAGAUUGUUCAGCAGCAGCGUUGGUUGGUAUAGACAACAAAGCAGCCAUGCAACUUUGCUUGAUAAGCUCUGGACCAAAAUCCAAUUGGACAGCAUGAACAAAGCAGAACUAAAGGAGGUUUUACUAAAUCGGUAUCCAAGUCUAGAAAUAGUAAUAGAUCGUCUUUUGGAUAUUUAUUGCCAACUGACUGGCACGAAACAUCAAGGGUCACAGGUCACCAUGGAUGGAAAUCAUGAAAACAAACAACCACCUGUUGAAUGUGAAACAAAAACUGAUGAUAAAGACUUGUGCCUUGAGGGAAGAGGAUUAUCUUUAAGAGAUUUAUUAAAAUGGUGUGAACGCAUCAUUGAUCAUUUUGAUUGCACUUCCUCUUCUACAGCUCUCCACAUCUUUCAGGAGGCGCUGGAUUGUUUCACAGCUAUGAUGUCCAAACGGGGGAGCAGGAAGAAAAUGGCCGAAAUAAUUGGAAGCAAGCUAAACAUUUCAAAAGAAAAGGUGGAGUUCUUUUGCCGAUUGUGUAAACCUGCUGUAGAGUUGAGUGAAGUGGAAGUGACUGUCGGACGGGCUGUUAUCCCACGGCGAAGAAGUGAUGUCGUCCUGUUGCAGUUGGAAACUCAGACAUUUUCAGCAACACGGCCCUCCGCUCUGCUUCUGGAGCAGCUGGCUGUUUGCCUAAGGAAAAAGGAGCCUGUUUUAUUGGUUGGUGAAACAGGGACUGGAAAAACCUCUACUGUUCAGUACCUUGCCAGAAUUACAGGUCACAAACUGAAGGUAGUAAACAUGAACCAACAGAGUGACACAGCAGACUUGCUUGGAGGGUACAAGCCUGUGGACCGUAAACUACUUAUGCUGCCUUUGCGAGAAGCAUUUGAAGAGCUUUUCAUUCAGACGUACUCUAGGAAGCAGAAUAUUACUUUCUUGGGCCAUAUUCAAACGUGUUGUAAACAGAAGCGCUGGCAGGAUUUACUCCGACUGAUGCUGCAUGUCUAUAAAACAGCCAUCAAUAAAGAGCUAAAAUCUAAAGAAGACAAAGGCUGGCUGAAAGAUAAAUGGGAAUUACUUGGUCUACGCCUGACCCAGGCUCAGCAGCAAAUGAAACGAGCUGAAUCAGCAUUGAUAUUUGCCUUUGUGGAGGGUACCUUAGCACAGGCUGUGAAGAAAGGAGAAUGGAUCUUGUUGGAUGAGAUCAAUUUGGCUUCAGCAGAGACUCUGGAGUGUCUGAGUGGACUAUUGGAAAGGAAUACAAGCUCACUUGUGCUGUUGGAUCGAGGAGAUACCGAACCUAUACAACGUGACCCAGAGUUUCGUUUAUUUGCAUGCAUGAAUCCAGCAACAGAUGUGGGAAAGAAAAACUUACCACCAGGCAUAAGAAACCGGUUCACAGAGCUGUAUGUUGAGGAACUAGAAGAUGAAGGAGAUCUCCGAAUCCUCGUAUCUGAUUACCUGAAAGGAUUAAGUGUCAGCAAGAAAACUAUUCAAGGCAUCAUUGAGUUUUACUUAUCUGUGCGUAAGGAGAAAAAUGUCAAGUUAAUGGAUGGUACAGGCCAUAGACCCCACUACAGUCUUCGAACUCUCUGCCGUGCUCUUAAGUUUGCAGCAUUGAACUCAUGCAACAAUGUUCAACGCUCAUUGUAUGAGGGUUUCUGCAUGAGUUUCCUUACUCAGCUGGAUCGUGUAUCUCACCCAAUUGUUGAGAAACUGAUUUGCUGUCAUAUUAUUGGGAACAAUGCCAAGGCUAUUCUCCAACAGCCAAUACCAGAACCGAAAGGAGGACGGUCCAUACAGAUUGAAGGCUACUGGAUUGCAACUGGAGAUAAGGAACCUUCUGUUGACAAGUUGUAUAUUCUCACGCCCUCUGUCAAACUUAACCUACGGGAUCUUGCGAGAGUGGUAGCUGCAGGGAUACAUCCAGUACUUAUUCAAGGAGAGACAUCAGUUGGCAAAACAAGUUUAAUCUGCUGGUUGGCAGCUGCUACAGGAAAUCAUUGUGUGCGGAUCAAUAAUCAUGAACACACAGACAUUCAGGAGUAUAUUGGCUGCUAUACAUCUGAUGAAACAGGAAAACUGGUAUUUAAAGAAGGCGUGCUUAUCAAUGCUAUGCGAAUGGGCCAUUGGAUUAUCCUAGAUGAAUUGAAUUUAGCCCCUACUGAUGUUCUAGAAGCUCUUAAUCGGCUCCUUGAUGACAAUCGAGAGCUCUUUAUAACUGAGACUCAGGAAGUGGUAAAAGCACAUCCAAGAUUCAUGCUUUUUGCAACCCAGAAUCCUCCUGGACUAUAUGGUGGCAGGAAGAUGUUGUCAAGAGCAUUCAGGAACCGUUUUGUGGAAUUACAUUUUGAUGAACUUCCAAAAGCUGAAUUAGAAAUUAUUUUGAACAAGAGAUCCAGUUUGCCCCCAUCUUACUGUGCAAAGCUAGUCAAAGUUAUGCUGGAACUGCAGUCAUAUCGUAGAGGAUCAAGUGUUUUUGCUGGAAAACAUGGCUUCAUUACCCUGCGUGAACUAUUUAGGUGGGCAGAACGCUACAGAUUGACUGAACAAUUAAUGCCUGGUUAUGACUGGAUUAGACAUAUAGCCACUGAUGCUUAUAUGCUCUUGGCAGGCCGUGUGAGGAAAGAAGAAGAAGUCACUGUUAUUCACCGUAUCCUUGAAAAAGAAUUUAAAAGGAAGCUUGUUCCUGAAGUUAUGUUCUCAAAAGACAGUCUUCAAAAAAGAAUGGAUCAGUGGCCAAGUCUGACAUCAGUCAUGUCUGAUGACUUUCGCCAUGUCGUGUGGACAUAUGGAAUGCGAAAGUUGGCAAUUCUGGUAGGACAAGGUUUGCGGUUUCGAGAAGCUGUGCUAAUUGUUGGAGAAACUGGGUGUGGUAAGACCACAGUGUGUCAGAUGUUCGCUUCCUUGUUCAAUCAGAAGCUGCACACAGUGAAUUGUCAUUUGCACUUGGAGACAUCUGACUUCCUUGGGGGUUUGAGGCCUGUCAGACAUAGUUGCAGUGAAGAAGAUGGUGCCAACCCCAACAGACUGUUUGAGUGGCACGAUGGACCUCUUGUACUUGCAAUGAAGGAAGAUAACAUGUUUCUGAUGGAUGAAAUCUCACUGGCGGAUGAUUCUGUUUUGGAAAGACUCAACAGUGUGCUGGAAGAUGAACAGACACUCUUGCUCGCAGAAAAGGGAAGUGCAGAAGAUGAUACUGUGGAGCUCAUUACAGCUGGAAACAGAUUUAGGAUACUUGCAACCAUGAAUCCUGGAGGUGAUUUUGGCAAGAAGGAGCUUUCUCCAGCCCUGAGGAACAGAUUUACUGAGAUCUGGUGUCCACCAAUCAAUAGCCGUGAGGAUAUGCUGGCGAUAAUUCAACAUAACCUAAGCCCUGGACUUUCUUUCCAUGAGCAAGAUCAUCAAGGUGAAGAUAUAGCUGAACUUAUUUUGGAUUUUAUUGACUGGUUAAAGAAUCAAGAGUUUGGGCGCCGAUGUGUGUUAAGUAUCCGAGAUCUCCUGUCCUGGGUGGAAUUCAUGAAUGUUACAACAAGGAAAGCGACUGCAGAUGUCGUGGAUUUGGAUGAAAUUGGUGAUUUUCAGCUUGAUCCUGUGACUGGAUUCAUACAUGCUGCAUGUCUCACCUGUAUCGAUGGAAUUGGAACAGGGUCUGCAUUUUCUUCUCCAGAGGCUACUUUAGCUGCACGCAAAGCAUGCCUGAGCUUCCUUUUAAAGAAACUGUCCAAGGUCGCAAAGUUGACCAAACAUAUGUGGAAUAUGCUAAAUAGUUAUGAUCAGAAAAGAAAGAGGAAAGUUGUAUGGACUGAAAGUUAUUUUGGAAUUCAUCCAUUCUACAUUCCCAUAGUAGGGGCUGUUGGAGAGAAAGCGGCAGUCACAGACUAUGCACUGAAUGCUAGCACAACAGCAAUGAAUGCCCAGAGGCUGUUGCGAGCAAUGAAGUUAAAGAGGCCGAUUCUAUUAGAGGGAUCACCAGGAGUUGGCAAGACAAGCUUGGUAGCAGCUCUGGCAAAGGCCUCUGGAAAUCAGCUAGUCCGAAUCAAUCUUUCAGAGCAAACAGAUGUGACUGACUUGUUUGGGACAGACCUGCCUGUUGAGGGAGGUAAAGGAGGUGAAUUUGCCUGGCGUGAUGGCCCUCUGCUUGCAGCCCUCAAGGCUGGACAUUGGAUUGUCUUAGAUGAGUUAAACCUAGCUUCCCAGUCUGUGCUAGAGGGACUGAACUCCUGCUUUGACCAUCGUGCUGAGAUUUUUAUCCCCGAGUUGGGUCGUUGCUUCAUUGUGGAGCAUAACAGGACCAAGAUCUUUGGUUGUCAGAAUCCGUAUCACCAAGGAGGUGGAAGGAAGGGUCUCCCCAAGUCUUUCCUCAAUCGAUUCACACAGGUUUAUGUGGAUCAGCUUUCAGUUAAAGACAUGGAGUACAUUGCUGACACCAUGUUUCCUGCGAUUGGUAAAAAUAUUGUAAGCAAAAUGGUUCAGUUUAAUUACAAGAUUAACCAAGAAGUAAUGGUGGAAAGAAAAUGGGGACAGAAAGGAGGACCGUGGGAGUUUAACUUGCGGGAUCUCUUUCGGUGGUGCCACCUGAUGUUGGUGGACCAGAUGCCUGGAUGCUAUGAUCCAGGGCAACAUGUUGCUUUGGUAUAUGUGGACCGAAUGCGAUCCAAUGCAGACAGAAACCAUAUGUUUUCUAUAUUUGAAGAAAUAUUUUCUUUAGAAGAUGUUGGAAUUCACUCUCAUCCCUACACUGGGUCCAGAAAAUUCCACAUCACACCACAGCAGGUUCAGGUUGGUUAUUCCAUACUUUCUCGUAAUGGGUUCAUCAUUCCCAUGACAAACAAGCAGCUGUCCAUUCUUCACCAUUCACUUCAGCCACUGGAGUCCAUUAUGAAGUGUGCACAGAUGGGCUGGAUGGUUAUUCUAGUGGGGCCAGUUGCCAGUGGGAAAACCAGCCUCAUCCAGCUCUUGGCUCUUCUGACAGGCCAAAACUUAAGAGUCAUGGCAAUGAACAGUGCUGUGGACACAACAGAGCUACUUGGUGGAUUUGAGCAGGUUGAUAUUACACGUCCAUGGCAGCGUUUAGUUGGAAAGGUGAAAGAUGUUGUCAGUGCUAUCACCAGAGAUGUUCUGCUCUCCAUGGACUCUGGCCCUGAUGAUGGUGUUCUUCUCAAAUUCUGGAAUUCAUUCCUUCUCAGUCAUUCGUGUUGCCUGAAUGAAGACUGUGAUUCUGCCAUUUCUUCUGAUGCAGUGAACAAACUGGAGAAUUUACUUAUUCUCCUCCAGCGUUUUAACAACAAAGUGAACACUCUGUCACCUGCAGAAUUUUCGGAAUUGAUCUCAGAAUUCCAACAUUUUAAGCACCGACGCAGUGAAUCCUUGGACGGCCAAAAUCGUGGCACUUUUGAGUGGGUGGAUGGGAUGCUUGUUCAGGCUUUGAAUUCUGGUGACUGGCUGCUACUGGACAAUGUUAACUUCUGCAGUCCUUCUGUGCUUGAUCGUCUAAAUGCUCUUUUGGAACCUGGAGGAGUGCUUACUGUUAGUGAAAGAGGAGUGAUUGAUGGCACCACCCCAACUAUUGUUCCACACCCAAACUUCAGGCUCUUUAUGACCAUGGAUCCGGCACAUGGGGAAAUCUCUCGGGCCAUGAGAAAUCGUGGGAUUGAGAUUUAUGUUGCAGGUGAACACAGUGCUGACCCUUUAGAUAAACAGGACGUUAAAACACUGUUACAUGGUCUUGGUUUUGUGGGAGACCAAAUGUGCACUGAGUUGAUGACAUUGUAUUCAGAAGUAAAGGAAAUUACAGCAGGCACUUCUUACUCCAUCUCUUCACUUCUCCACUGUGCCGUCCUCAUCGUUCACCAGCUGAAGCGUGGUCUCAGCUUGGCAGAGGCAUUCCAUCAAGCUUGCACGCAAGUCUUCGUCCUUUCACAGUCUUCUCAAACUCAACAAGAGCAAGUACGAGAGCUAGUGGAAAAGCACAAACUUAAAUUGAUGUCAUGUGAGUCCUGGGGUGAUUCUUUGGUCUCUUUGGGAUUGUGGCCGGAUUCUAUUCCAUCGGCAGUGUUUACCGCAGAGGAAUCCAUGUUGUCCAUGGUUCAUCGAGACGGACAGGUCCUGGCCUACUGUUUAAACCAACUGAGCCUAAGCAAUAACAGAUCUCGACCUCUAACUCUGACUGAUCUUGAGUUAGUUUUGCAAUCCUCUAAUAUGGACAGUCUUGUAUUCCAUGACAAUAAGACAGCAGUUCAAGCGACUGAUGAGCUCUCAAUGAUUCCUGCUGCUAUCAGGCUGGUCAUGGAGAAAGCAUCUAAUCAAGAUUGGCUAUUAAGGGCCCGAUGGUUGUGCCACGCAGCAAAAGUCUACAAGCAUUUACCAGAGUUGGUAUGUGCUCAACUGGAGGCAGGGGCAAAAGCUCUUAAUGCAGUUUACUCCAGUGUACUUCCCACGGGAAUGAAAGAAGUUGUACAGCAACUACAGCUCGAUGCCAAUGAGAGUGCCUCAGUUCCUUUGGAUUCACGAUGGAACCAGCAGCAUUUGGAUAUUUUAUUAAAUUCUGUGGCAUACUCUGGGCUGCAUUGUUCAAAAGAGCUUCAAGCACAGCUCCACUCCAUUGCUAACAGGAUGGCACUUCUGAUGGACAGAGAGGAAAGAGGAUACAUGGAGAAGGCAUCACUAUCCUCUGAUGCUGCAAGAAAAUCAGGCAGACAAAGUGCUUUAAGGGUGUCAGUCGCAUUCCAGAAAGGAAUGAUGAGCUUUGAUGACCUGCCUCACCCAGUCUUGGCUCACCUUGCUGCUUUCUUUGAAGCCUGGGAUGCUUGCAUUGUGCAGUGCAUAAAGUCUUCAUUUUCCAAUCUAGAAGAUGAUGCCUUCCAUGAGGUAUUGUGCAGCACUUUGUGGCGGGAUCGAUUCUGGUUAGUAUCUGACAGAGUUGUUACAGAUACUGAGGGAAUAGCGCUCCUCUCUCUCCACUGGCACUGGAUGAUGAAGCAUCUCCUGAAAGAUCAUCUCUGUCAGCUAACUGACUUUUCCCAAAUUCCUCAAGAAAUUCACACGAUUUCAGUGAAUCUGCAGAGCCAUCUGGCAAGUCCUAGUGAAAUGAUUGCCAGUGUGAAGGGACUGCAGAAAUGUUUGGGUCGUCCUCUUCCGUUCAAGGUUGGAUCUGUUGUGGAAUGUGUGUCUAAACUCAAGGUGAUGAGUUCUGUUCUGGAUGUGUUGAAAUUGAGGCCAAAAAUGAUGGAUGCGACUUGGAAAGAACAACUAUAUAGAAUUAAAACCACUGCUACUGACUGGAAGGUUAAGCGGGGCUUGAUGUUGGCUUGGGGUCUCGUAAUUCAAGCAAAUCACGUAGUAGGAUAUGAUGCUGGUGUCUUGCAGCAUGUGGUAGACUCCCAAGCUUCAGCAAUGACAUCUCAGGGACUUCUAAACUCUUCAGAUUCUCAAAGCCUUAAGGCGGAUCCACCUCAGCUCGACGGAGCAUGUUUGAAUCAGUUAGCAAGUAGAAUUCAGCUGUGGCCCGUACUGGAAUAUCUGGCAUUGCUCUCCAAGUAUAAAGUGGUGGCAGACCUUAUGGAUCUAUCAUUAGUGUCCAGCAGUGCCAGAAGCAAGCCGGAUCAGUCAGUGGUUGGUGCUGAACUUCGUCAAUUAAUUACAUUCUGCUUAAGAUUUACUCCCAUGGCUGCCCAAGAUCUCCGAGAAUUUUGGUACUUAGCGCAAGUUGAUGAGCUCUCUCCUGAAGAAUUAAAAUUGCUGAGUUCAGGACUGAUGAUGACCACGUUUGGACCAUUUUGGAGUAGUUCUAUCACAACCGAUCCUGACUAUUGGCUAACCUGGAAACCCCCAGCAAUUAUAGGAGAUGACAUGGUUCCAGAAGAUACCAUUGACAAAUCGUUAAAGGGACCUGGCAUUUUAUGUCGCGCUAUCCAAUCUAAGUGUUUCUUUGAAAUUCUGGCCAACACUAAUCGAAGCCACUCUGUGUCCUUUGGUGGAAUUGGUAUGACAAUGGCAACUCAUGUAACUCUGGGAGAGUGGCUGGAGCGAACUCGACAAUUACAAGACAUCAGUUCAGUGUUGUGGACCAACAUGGCUGUUGGUUCCUUUGCUGAAUUCAGAUUCACAGAUUCCAGAUUGCAGUGCACAAUGCUACUCAAACAGCUUCAUGCAAUAAAGGACUUUUUGCCAAAAGAACUUCAGGAGGAGUAUUUACAGACAUGUGACCAACUUGCCAUUGAAAAAACCAGUAUAGCCAGUCACAGUAUUCAGAGUUUGCUCAGCAGUCUUGCAGAGCAGGGAUUACUGCCCGAAGAUGUUGUUUCACUUCUUGUGACCUGUGUACGGAAAUUUGUGGGUAAAGAAAAGGAUUUUAGAAGCCUUUCAGAGAAAGCCCAGAGAGGCUGUCUAUGGGUAAACCUGGGAUUGCUACAGAUUCAGAUUUGGACACCACAGACCAUGUUUGAUCCUGCUGUCAAAAAACUGUACAAGCUGAAUUAUAUCAAGGAGGAGUUGCAACAAUUGCAGAGUGAAUGGAAGAGUCGCAACCUGUCUGAACAGUUAUUGACUGGCCGAGAACUGUUACAAGAAGGAGAGAAUAGACAUUGUCAUCCGCGAAUUAGGUUUUUGCAACAAAGAAUCAAUCUCCUGAAGGAACAGAUUGCAGCACUGUCCAGAAAGCAGGCGCACCGCCCCAGUGUACCUCAAUACGAUUAUCUCUUCCAAGAUAUCCACCACUAUGUGAACACUAUUGCACAGAAGUCCAAAGUCAAAUCCCUCCUCUCUCGACUGCUACAGCCCCUACAGGCGAAGCGGCCUAAACCAUGUCAGAGUGUCCAGCUCGUACUGAAUGAGGAGGCAGCUUGGCAGCAGUCCCAUCACCAGUUCAGGAGACGAAUCGCAGAAGAGUACUGUCAAUAUCCUGACAUUGUUGAACCCCUUCUUGCUGCCAUUUUACAGAUGCAGCAUGGCAUGAGACUUCUGGCAUCUGAGGUUCACGUGUCGCUAAAUAAUAAGCUUGUUAAGCAGGCUGGCCUCACGCGACUUGUCACUUGCCUUUUGGCCUUUCCUUCCAUCAGCUUCUCAUUCCCAACUUACCUUGCUCAGGCAGAUGAAUUAUGUUCAAAAGCCUCCUUGGAGACCCUCAAAGGGCUUAAUCAGCUCCUGCGUAAGAGCUCAUCAGAUGAAAAGUCUCUGGCUAAGGAACAAAGGUUGCUGCCAACACAAGAACAGCUGCUGAUGAAUGCGCUCCUGUAUCUGCGUUGUCAUAUACUUUCAUUGGGCGAACUGGAUCAGGCAUCACUGCAACUUUUCAGACACAUCUGCCAAGCAAUGGUAAAUGCCUGUGAUGAGCAGGAAGAAUGUAGGAGAGUGAAGGAGGAGCAGGAAGCCAGCCUGUACAAGUACAAAAGCAAAGAACAUGUAUCUGAGGAGGAAGAAGAGAAGGAAUUUAGACAGAAUUUCCCUCAGUAUACCAAGGAUUUUUCUGAUCUCACGUCCCAGCCCAGUCUUGAACAAGAAGAUAUGGACACUGAAGUUCAGAGCACAGAGGCUAAAGCUGCUGACACUGCCCCUGUACAACAAAGUUCAAUUCAAACUGUCAUAAAUAUUCAUCAGCAAAUCUAUUUGAGAUUUGCACAAACGGUGUGGUACCGCCAGACUGGGCCAGCUCAUCAGUGUAGUGAUUAUCUUAAUGCUUUUGUAUCUUCUUACCAUACGGCUGCAUUACUAAUUACACAAUUCUGCUCUCUAAUUGAUAGUUCCUUGAAUGGAGAGCUUCAGGGUAGUCAGCUAUUGAUCAGUUCUGUCAUCCAAAACACUGUUGGGGGCGAAGAAACCUCUGAGCUCAUCCUGCCCCAGGAAGAUACCUAUGAUUUCUACCAACAUCCAAACAUCCAGGAAGCUAAAAAGUGCCAGCCCAUCCUGAGAAGCUUCACCCAAAAGGUGAAAGAAUUACUACUGGACUGGCCUGAUCAUCCAGCUCUGCUGCAGCUGUUGGUUGUAAUGGACAGAAUUAGAAGCUUUCCUGUUUCUAGUGCUCUGGCGAAAUUCUUAAACGGCAUGGAGAUCCUCUUGUGCAAAUCCCAGGACUGGGAAGCAACUGCUAGUCGAUCGGUGUCCUUAAGGCAGCACCUUGAUGCUGUCAGCCAACUGAUCAUCCAAUGGCGCAAACUGGAGCUGAAUUGCUGGUCUAGUAGUCUUAACGUUGUGAUGAAAAGGCACAUGGAGAAAUCAACCAAGCAUUGGUUUUCGAUCUACCAGUUAAUUGAAAAAUACCUUCAGGAACGUGUGGAAGAAAAUCUGCAAGGGGUGGAACAGCAAAUGAAGCUGCCAGAAGUGAUCACCACACUGCAAACUUUUGUUGAAGGAGCUACCCUGGGAGAGUUUCAUUUUCGCCUGUCCAUGCUGUUAGCAUUUCACUGUCACGUUAUAGCAGUGCCAGAGCAGGAGGGAAAAGAUGACCUGUGCAGUUUACUCUGGAAUUUGUACAACUACUACAAUCAAUUUUCAGAGAAUGUUCGAGUUAAAAUAACUGAGCUCCGUCAUCCAAUUGAGAAAGAAUUGAAGGACUUUGUUAAGAUUAGUCGAUGGAAUGAUGCCAGUUUCUGGUCCGUGAAGCAAUCAGUAGAGAAAACACACAGAACGCUCUUUAAGUUCAUGAAGAAGUUUGAAGCUGUGCUCAACAAUCCAUGUCGUCCUGCAUUAACAGAAACGGGAAGUUCUGGAAGCUUGGAUAAUAUUGACCAACAAAAACAAACCAGGCUGCAGAAGCUGAAUUGUGUACUUAGAAAGUUCUCUCUAGAGAAGUGUCACGUAACACAGGUGUUUUCUCCUGACAUUGGAAAAGAUGAUGCCUCGGGCGAAGGGAGUUCUCUUCAGCGCCGACUCCCAGCACUUAGUAAGCGGAUGAGGAAAAUGUGUCUGAAGCUUAUGACGACAAAUUCUCUUCCCAGUUUUGUGGAAAACCUGGAUCAAUUUACAGGUGAUGUCAUCACUACUGUACAAGAUCUCCAAACUCUUACUGUUGACCAAGUGGCUGAUAAGGACAAGCAGCGAUCGGAAAUCAAACAUAUUCUGAUGCAGAAGCAAAGGGCCUUGGCAGAUCUCUUCAAACAUCUCACUGAAAUUGGUCUCUCUUACCGUAAAGGACUAGCUUGGUCUCGAACAGAUGACCCUCAGGAUGUAUUUUGCCUGCAUCCACUUGAUGUGAAGACAGCUGUAAAUCUGAUUAGCAGUGGUGAUGAGCUGGAUAACAUGUUGCUUGCUGAAAUUUCUGCUGCAUGGGAAGGCUGUCAGAAGUUUUUCUAUCAGUCUCUUGCACGUCGUGCUGCCCUCCAGGUGGCAAUGCGCACUCCUGCCAAGGAACUUAGCCUGGGUAAUGUUGAACGUUGUCAAGGAUUUACAGCUCAUCUGCUGAAACUUUUGAUCAAACAAAGGCAGUGCCUAACUGGGCUAACUGAGCAGUGGGUCAGCUUGAGAUAUCUGAUUAAAAGUCUACACAAGAUUCAGAAAAGUCUGGCAGAUUUCAAGGACCAUGAUGUGGCACUUCCACCACAGGCCGAUGUCAGACUUUGGAUGGACCAACUGCGCACCCUGUCGAUGAAGUCUAUGAUAGCCUUGGAGCAGCUUUUGUGGUUCUUGCAGUGUUGUCCAAGAGAGAAACCAUUUGAAACAUACGAUGAGCUGCAGGACAAACCCACCAGUACUGAUCAAAUGGACCCAGGAAAUGCAGAAAUGGCAGCAGCAUCAUCAUUACCUGAGGAUUUUGUCCAGCCCCAUUUGAGGUUCCCCACACCCUUGGUUGAAGAUUACUUGCCCAAUGCUUGUAAAAUGCGGCGAGGAGAUCCCACAUGGCAACAGGUGACUCAGCAAGUGGAAAACAUGUUGAAGGAAGUUAAAGCAGUAAAGGCACAAGUGGAUGAGAUGAGUCAGCAAACCAGCAAAACUUUGCUAUAUUCAUGGACAUGUUUUGAGACCUGUUCAAUGGGGAUUAGUUGUUUGAAUAGAGCCAUGGUUCAGCUGCAAGAUAUACAGACCAUGUUUGCUGCUGCUGCUUCUGGGAAUGCAUCUUACUGCCCAGCACUGUUCAAGAGCCUAGAAUAUAUUAAGGAGGAAGUCAGUUGUGCUAUAGCUGAAUUUGCAUCAUGGGAGAAAAAUCUACUGAAUUUGACAUUUGAUGAUUCCAGUGUCAGUUCGCUAGUAGGCUCCACUCUGCAAGUGGAGCCAGCAAUUAAUACAGUACUUUGUGCUGUACAGGCUGUAGUAAAGCAGCAGCAAGAGGAGAAUGAAAAAGAACAAGUAGGAAAUAAAGGCAAUUGGGAUGAGGAGGAGCCGAACAAAAUUCAGACUGGGUACCUGAGUAAAUGUUUGGGACAGCGAUUAUCAAGCGACAUCACGUCUUUAAAUUUGGUGAAAGUUAUUAGCAUUGUUUCUGACCUUCUUGAAAAACUGAAGGAUUAUCGUCAGGAGUGUACACUCAAACAGUACCAGUUAUUCAACCAAAGUUGCCAUUGGAUUGUGCAGCUCCUUCCAAUGCUGACGACCUACUCCGAGUUGGUUCUAUACUACCUAACUGUUUCAAUGGCAACUCAUAGGAGCAGUGGAAAAUUACUGUCCGUUUUAUCUCAAUUAUUCACAGACCUUGCUGUGCAGGGAUUCUGCCUCCCCGAAGAGUUAAUGGAGGAUGCGAUGGGCGAAGGUUCAACCCAAUUCCAUGAUAAUGAGAGUGGAGGAAUUGGAGAAGGUGAAGGUGUGAAGGAUGUCAGCGACAGGAUUGAAAAUGAAGACCAGGUGGAAGAUACCUUCUGCAAAGACCAAAAAAAGCAAGAAGACACAGAGAAUAUGGCUGAUAUUAAAGAGGAAGAGAAUGCCAUAGAAAUGACUGAGGACUUCCAAGGAAAACUUCACGAUGGAGAUACCAAAGAGCCAGGAGAGGAUGACAACGAUGAGGAAUCGGAUAGUGAUGAGGAAGAACUGGAUAAACAGAUGGGUGAUCUCGAAAAUGCGGAGGCUGACAAACUAGAUGAAAGAUUAUGGGGGGAUGAUGAUGAUGAUGAAGAUAGUGUUCAUGAUGAGGCUGAAGAUACUGGCCCUGGGAUGGAUGUGGAGAAGUCUGAACUCGUUGCUAAAGAUGACAACAUGGAUGUAGCAAAUGAAAGUGAGAAUGACAAAAAGAGACAGGAGGAGCAAGAGAAGGAGGAGGAGAGAGGGGAAGAAGAAGGCAGAGAGAAAAUUCAUGAGCAAUUGGAUGAGCGUGAAUAUGAUGAAAAUGAAGUAGAUCCUUACCAAGGCAAUCAGGAUAAACAGCCAGAGACAGAGGCCUUAGACUUGCCUGAAGACCUCAAUUUGGAAAGCGAAGAUGGAGAAAAAAGUGAUGAGGAUCAGGAAGAAGGAGGAGAUAAUCCCUUUGAUAUAGAGGAAAAACUAAGAGAUUUCCAAGAGAAAAGUCCAGAUGCUAAUGAGACAAUGGAGGAGACUGCUGAGACAGAAGAGGAGCAUGCUGAGCAAGAACAAGAACAAGAUCCUCAAAUGGAUAAGGAAAAUGAGGGGAAAGCCGACGAACAGAGGGAGGGCAAGGAAGAAGAUAUUGGGGAAGAUCAGGAUAAUGGGGAAGAAGGUGAUGCUGAGGACAUAGACCAACAGAAGCCAGAAGAAGAUGACCAGAGAGCACCUGCCAAGAAAGACCAAGAAGCUCUCUGCAAUGAGGGGCAACAGCCAAAAGUGGAUGAGGACACACAAGAUGACCAGGGUGUUCCUCAGACUGAGCAACGAAUAGAGCAUGAGGCUGAAGGGAAGACCGGUGAGGAGAACCUUCAGAGUGAUACAGCCGUGGAAUUAGCUGGAUCUGCAUCAGAGAAGGACAAAGCUGAGGAGGAACAAGGAAGCGGGGCUGCAGAUGCGAACCAGUCCGAGGGUCACGAGUCCAAACUGAUGGCGAGGGUUGCAUCUCAAAAACAAUCCCUGGACAAAACGCAGAGUUACAAAAGGAAACCCGGUCAUACAGAUGCCGAAAGAACAGUGGGUGAUCACAAUGAACGUGUGAGCAAGCGACUGAAGAUGGUGGAAGCCAAUAUUGCGGCCCAACAGGACGUGGCCCAGUCAGAACAAAAAGUGAUGGAGGCAGAUGUUUAUGAACAUAUCAAAGAAGGCGGUGAAUCCUUUGAUGCUCAAACAUUUGAUGUAGCCACAGCAGAGCAACAAAAUCCAAGUGGAUCACAACAGGAAAAGGAGAUCAAAGAAGAGACUGAAUCUGUUGAAAUGGAAACUGAUCAGGAAGAGGAAUUGCAAAGUGUGGAUGUACAAGAGCUGAAGCCAGAGAAAAAGUUCUCAUCUAUAAAUGCGCCAGGAUCCGACAGCAAUCUUGAAGGAGAGUUUCAGCUUCCCAAACCUGAAGAGGUGGAUGCUGCAAGAGAUGACUCGGAAUCAGAAAAUGAAGAGAUUCCUGAAAGGAGCAGAGAGUCUACCAUUCACACCAAGCAUGAUCUGCUAACUGAGGACUUUGAAAAAAGAGUUGUUCCUGACCCAGCACAACUACGUAAGCAGCUGGAAGAGCAGCUGGAUGCUUGGCGAAAUGAGAAGUCUGGAAGUCCAGAAGAGGAGAAAGCUGCUGCUGAGAUGUGGCAGCAGUACCAGGCCUUGACAGCUCCCCUGUCACAGCAACUAUGUGAACAGCUUCGGCUUAUAUUAGAACCCACCCAGGCAGCUAAACUCAGAGGUGAUUAUCGAACUGGAAAGCGAUUAAACAUGCGAAAGGUCAUUCCCUACAUUGCCAGCCAAUUUCGUAAAGAUAAAAUCUGGCUUCGCAGAACAAAACCAAGCAAGCGGCAGUAUCAGAUUUGUCUGGCUAUUGAUGAUUCUUCUAGUAUGGUUGACAAUCAUUCCAAACAGCUAGCCUUUGAAUCAUUGGCUGUGAUUGGAAAUUCACUGUCACUUCUAGAGGUGGGACAGGUUGCCGUGUGUAGCUUUGGAGAGAAUGUCCAGUUGCUGCAUCCAUUCCAUGAGCAAUUCAAUGAUCGGUCAGGAGCAAGAAUACUGAGGAGCUGUCAGUUCCAACAGAAGAAAACUAAGAUAGCUCAGUUUCUGGAAUCUGCUGCCAACAUGUUUAUUGCAGCACAGGACCAGUCCCAGUUGGGAAAACCAGAAAUAGCACAGUUACUGUUGAUAGUGUCUGAUGGACGAGGUCUGUUCUUGGAGGGGAAAGAGCGAGUUACAGCAGCUGUUGAGACUGCUCGACGCAGCAAUAUUUUUGUCAUCUUUGUUGUGCUGGACAAUCCUGACUCUAAGGAUUCCAUUCUGGACAUUAAAGUCCCUAUAUUCAAGGAUCAAGGUGAAAGUCCAGAAAUUAGAUCAUAUAUGGAAGAAUUCCCAUUCCCAUUCUAUAUAAUUCUACGAAAUGUGAAUGCCCUCCCAGAAACACUCAGUGAUGCUCUUAGACAGUGGUUUGAACUAGUGACGGCAGCUGAUCAUUAACACAGUGAUUGACAUGUUCCAUAUUGUUCAUUGUUAUCUCAAAUCAUUUAAUGCACAUACUGUAAUAUUUAAUGUACUAAUUAAUGCAGAUUAGCAGCAAGAGAAACCUUUGUUCUGUGACUGAGAAUGUGAUGUUAAAAUUGAGCUUUUUAAUGUGAAAAGCUCUGUUCACAUUGAGAACUGUACCACUGUGUUCAUGGUGGUUUGUGCCAAAGGCACAGUUUAAUGUAUGAAAUGUGAGAACCUGUCUGAGGUUUGAGUAUCAGAUGUUGUUUGGUAAUGUGGAUAUUAUUUACAAAUGUGACCUUUUAAAUGAAAUCGUUAAGUGUGCUAUUUGGAAAUAGAGUACAAUCCCAAGUAUGAACCUUUGUAUCUUUUUGUAUGUCAAUAAAUCAAUUACUAAA